ACUUGACGGUGCCCACGCUUCUGCUUCGGAAGAGGGCUCUCUCUCCGGGUAGUGCGUGAGCGCCGCAGUGCAUGCUGGGGCCGCCUCUCUUUGGGGAAAGCGCGGGACCGAUUAAAAUACGGAUCCCGAGAGGUUGUUCGCACCCUGGAUGUAAAAGCGUGGUGGCAUCUCAGACUAGAGAAGAGUAAGAGGGUGACGUCUAAACAUGAAGCCACUUCUGACCAUCUGCAGGCUGUUUAAAAGUUUAAACAGGUUUCCUGUAAAUCCAAACCCACUUGAGAGUUUCUCUACUUCCUCUUAUUCGUGUGGCCAGAAGAAAAAAAACCCUUACGAAACAGUAGACCAAGCGAAGUACUCUCGUCUGGUACAGUCUGUCUUGUCCAGAGGCCCCACCCAGACCCCAGAGUCACUGUUCAAAGAAGAUGCUAUCCUCUAUGGUCCUGUGAGUAAGCAGAAGGCUCCAGAGCAAGGGCAGCGGCAGGCAAGAGCUCCACAGAACUGGUGUCCUCUCUUCAAUGAAGAGAGAAGUGUAAAACCACACACAAGUGUUUUUUCCAGUCCUUUGAAGAUCCCUUUGAAGAGGAAUGUGACACCCAGCGUGACUCGAAUCCUUCAGCAGACCAUGACGUCAGAGCAGGCUUUUUUUUUGGAGAGGUGGAGACAACGGAUGGCUCUGGAGCUGGGAGAAGAAGGGUUUGCAGAAUAUACUUCAAAUAUGUUUUUACAAGGCAAACAGUUCCAUGAGGCUUUGGAAAGCAUACUUGCAUCCCAGGAGAACUUAAAAGAGAGAGAAGAAUACUCCCAGUCUGGCUACAUCAAAAGUGUCCAGCAUAUUUUGAAAGAGAUCAGUGGUGUGCAAGCUCUGGAGAGCGCUGUCCAGCAUGAAGCCUUGCAGUAUGUCGGGCUGCUGGACUGUGUGGCUGAGUACCAGGGCAAGCUGUGUGUGAUUGACUGGAAGACAUCAGAAAAACCAAAGCCUUUUAUUCGAAAUACAUACGACAACCCACUGCAGGUUGUGGCGUACAUGGGUGCCGUAAACCAUGAUGCCCACUACAGUUUUCAGGUUCAGUGUGGCUUAAUUGUGGUGGCCUAUGAAGAUGGGUCCCCUGCCCACCCUCACUUCAUGGGUGAAGAGCUCUGCUCUGAGUACUGGGCCAAGUGGCUUCUUCGACUAGAAGAAUAUACAGAAAAGCAAAAGAACCAGAGUAUCCCGAAGCCAGACUAGAGGCCAGGACAUCGCUUGGGAACCGUCACACAUCUGCACCGUUUGGGGAGAGCGCUCCAUUAGCACAAGCUGAAGAUGGAAGGGGUUGGGAUGUACUGCUGCUUAAAAGUCAGAAAGUCCAAAAAUCAGCACUUGAAACACCAGCUAAUCUACCUCAGGCUGUCACCUACCUGAGAAGAGGACACACAGGAUUGGCAGGGACCUUGGUGACUUCUAGACUCC